ACAAUUUGAGUCUCAGAACUGGAAUUUUACUAAUUUAAACAUCUUCGUUACAGGCAAAUAUCAAACAUUAUAGCUAUAGAGCCUGCUACAAAAGAUAUAUCCUCGUCGACUGCUUGAAAACACCGAUUGUUAUUACCUCAGCUUUAUAGAUUGGAAAUCAAAGAUCGUGCACUGUACAUAUGCACUGUCCUGUCUAUGGGUUGAAUGGAUAAACAGAUAACAAAAUGGCAUCCGAAUGCAAGGACACAUGGAAUACCCUUCCGGAACACAUCGUGGUCCGAAUUCUAUCAUAUCUGCCACAGUAUGACCGAUACGUGGCAGGCUUGACUUGCAGUUACUGGCAAUCUUGUUUCAAAUCACCUUAUUUGUGGCAGAAAUUUUUAUUUUCGUUUCAAAAUCCCUCAGACGAAAAACAGAUUAGCUGUGUGACAUCCCUAGGUCAUCACAUGAAAUACGUCUCUAUAGAACUUGACCAGUUUGAAGCUUACAACAGAACAAAUGCGUGUCGUGUGUUAAACGAACUGGCGGCUUUAAAAGAAAAGAAACUUGUCGCUUUGACAAUCCGCUUCACAGGAGAAAACCCCUUAUUCUACGCAGGAUUAGAGUUCGUUGAUUCUUUAAAUUGUGUGUUUGGGGACCCUGGUAACACUGCGUGUAAAAACGUUGUUGGCCUGACGUUUGUUGAUUUGAGUGGUUUGACAAUCGCUUAUGAUGACAUUGUCAUAGACAUACUGUCAGAAAACAAUCCCCAUUUAGAAUACUUAAACAUUCAGAACAGCAACCUAGUCUGUAAAGUGACUCCGGACUCGAUCACACGUCUUGUUCAACGUUGUAAACACCUGCAAUAUCUUUUCGUCUACCAUUACAGCGUCUGCGACCACACACUACUCGCUCUGGCAGAGCAGGACACGCGAUCGAUCAAACACCUGUCCAUCAUUUGCAGGCGUGAACAGAAGUUUAGCGAAGACCUCUCCGAAGAGGCUUGGUCUUCUUUGAUAAUGAGUUGUCCGAAUCUUCGAGUGACCUUGGGAUUCGACCAUACAUGUCCUCUGUUUAGAGUUUCAGAGAUAAUGAAGCCUGCAAUCCCAGUGAGUGUGCUUAGACUGGAAACGUUUACUACGAUAUUUGAAGAGGUGAGGCUGGCUACCACGGCCGCCAUUUUGGAUCUGUGUUCCAAGUGCCACCAACUGCAGUCUCUGUUGGUGUACUGCGUUUUAGACAAAGAGACGGUCGAUGCGAUUCUAGAGAUGAAACCCGAGAUGAAGCAGAGAGGAUCGUAUAUUUUAAAAUGGGAACUGGAGCCGGAACCAUGGAUCGUAGGAUAUGAAGAUGAUUCUAUUCCGGAACAGUUGUUAAAUAUCUGAUUACUGUUAACUCGUAUUUCUUUGGUAUAAACAUAGCACACUUUUGUAUCAGAAUCAAAAUUUGCUGGAGUGAAUAAUAAAUUACCAAAUCAU